GAAACAAACCACCUUACAAAUAAAAAUCCAGAAAGAUUUACUCUAACCCAACACUAAAGUUUUUUAUGUAUGACUACCUCAAGAUAAUGACAUGCUUAUCUUUGUAUACAUUUCUUUUUUUUUCAAUAUGAUAUGGUCGGUUCUUUGUUCAACGAGCAAAAGUAGAGAAACAUUUAGUUUAUAUUUAGUCAUUGAUCAGAAUAGGUGUUAUUUUUGAGUGUAUUUGGUAAAGUGAAUUACAUUGAAUUUGCAAAUAAAAGAAUUGAUUAUUUUAAAAUAUC